UACUAUUAGGUCUUUUUUUUUUUAAAGAUUUAUUUUUUUUUAAAGAGAGAGUGAGAGAGAGAGAAUUUUAAUAUUUAUUUUUUAGUUUUUGGCAGACACAACAUCUUUGUUUGUAUGUGGUGCUGAGGAUCGAACCCAGGCCUCACGCAUGUCAGGCGAGCGCGCUACCGCUUGAGCCACAUCCCCAGCCCCUACUAUUAGGUCUUAAUAAAUAAAUUGAAUAAAUAAAUUUUAAAUGAAUAUAUAAAAUUUCUGGUACAUAUACUAGUGUCUAGUAUUUAGGAAGUGCACAAUAAAUGGUGUGUCAUUAUUGGCUCUCUUGUGUCUUAUUCUUACAGAGUCCUGCUCAGCGUGCUAUUUGUGAAGAUCUUUUUGGGAAUUUUUCCUGGCAUUUUUUUCUUAUUCUAAUAGAAUGAGGACAACGGUGUUCAUUUAUUGUUCAGAAAUGUGCUAAAACUAUUUUAGAUAUAUUCUUGUUUAAUUCUCACAAUUCAAUGAGGCAGGUACUGUAAAUGAUCUCCUUUUUAUAGUUGAGUAAAUUUGCCCCAGUUUACCAAGUUAGCAAGGACUGGAGUUGGAAUUUGAAUCUGUCUCUUUCAUUCCAAAGUCCAGUCGUAACCACAGAGCUAUGAAAUACAAGAUAGCUCAGUGAGGACUCUUACGGGAAUAAAUGUCCUUGACCCAAGUGCCAUUGUGAUCCUGAGAAAGGAGAAGGGAGAAAAUAGUUAUAGGGAAGGCUAAUAGAGCAUGCACGUUGAGGAUUGGGACUUGACAAGGAGCAGGUGUGGGGUUGGUGAAGAAGAGUAGCCAGAGGCAUUCCAAGCAGAUUGUUUUGUGCCAGAAUAACAUCCGUAACCAGGCCCACAUGAGCAGAGUGGUCACCCACGAGCUCAUUCACGCAUUUGAUCAUUGUCGUGCUCAUGUCCACUGGUUCACUAAUGUCAGGCAUUUGGCCUGCUCAGAGGUUCGAGCUGCUAACCUUAGUGGGGACUGUUCACUUGUAAAUGAAAUAUUCAGGUUACGGUUUGGAUUAAAACAACACCAUCAGACUUGUGUGCGAGACAGAGCAAUUCUUUCUAUCCUGGCUGUUAGGAAUAUCAGCAAAGAAGUAGCUGAGAAGGCUGUUGAUGAAGUUUUUGAAUCUUGCUUCAAUGACCAUGAACCUUUUGGAAGGAUCCCACAUAAUGAGAAAUAUGCAAGAUAUGCUCAUAGAGACUUUCAAAACCGGGAUCGAUAUUACUCAAAUAUAUGAAUGACAUUUUAUAUUACAGAGCUUCAGUCAGCAUGAAGAAAAAAAUAUGGUUCUCAAGAAAACAAAUGUACAAAAAAAAAUGAUCAAUUAAAUACAGAUAAAAUGCAGAAGAUACUUUAAUAUAUGGUCAGAAAGAGUAACAGGCAAAAAAUGAAAUUGUUUUAAGCCACAAGGUUAAAAUUAUGUCUUUGGAGCUAAUCAUUUGCUAAUUAGGAUGAAUAAAUUACAUUUUGUAUUUUCUACUGUAUAUUUGUAUUUUUUAAUAUUUUAUUUAUUAUUUUGAUUUAUUUUUAUUACAUGAGAUUAUUUUAAAAUCUGAUUAUGAAACCUAUGAAGUAUGCCCUUGUCUGAUGUUGAUAGGGGAUCAAAGUUGAUAUUUACAUUAAAUGUAAAGAAAAAUGAACUGAUCUCAUUGUAGGACGUUUUAAAAAAUGUUGUCAUAAUUAAAACAUGUAAAGAAUUAAAGUUGAUAAUAACUCA